AUUGGAGUUCCACUGGCUUCCAGACCGUGGAUUCCGUAUCUCAGGGUCCUUUAUCCAAUGCCAUCACCGAAUCCGUAGCCAUUUUGGCCCAAGCUCCCCAUCAAGUGGUUCUGUCGCGCCGGCCCGCAUGUCCGGGUGCGCAGGUGCUGCUGGAGGACACUGGGAUAUGGCUGCGGGGGCCGCCACCGGCGGGCGGGGUGGCCCGUGCGAUAUCUUCGUCGGGAAAAGGCCUCUUGGCCAGGGGCCUCUGCGGCUCGGCGUGAGGCGAGGCGGCGCGGGCGCGUUGCCCUGGCGGGGCCUCUGGCGUGCCCUGGGCCGCCCCGACGGGCCCUGGUGCGGCGCCGCACUCGGGGCGCUCGGCGACGAGGUGGCAAGGAGAGAGCGCCUCUCUCGGCCUACCCUUGGUCGCGGGGGUCAUCGGAGCGCGGGCGAGGCCUGGGCAGGUGCUGAUGCGCAGCUGCGCCCAACACGCCGCCAACCUGCCCGAGGACGGGGCGCCCCUGUCCGCGCGGCGUCCUGCUGAGCAGGGGCCGCGCCUCGGGGAGCAGCUCGAGGGGCCGACCACGCUUCCCGAGGUCCCGAUGGGCCUGGACGUGGUGGACCUCGAAGCGGACUUGCUCGCGCGGGCGGCGUUGCGGGCGCCCGACGAGGACGGCGACGACUGCGCGUUCGGCGGCGGCAGCUUCGUGGAGGCGCCCGCGGCAGGCGAGGGUCGUGCCGCAUCCUCGGCAGCUGAUGCCAGAUCGGCCGCGCUGGCGGAAUGUGCAGGCGAUGGGCCAGGCGAUCGGUGCAACGAGUGCCUGGCCCCAGGAGAUUGGCUGGUGCACCAGCAUGCCGGAGUGGAGGCCUUCGUGGAGGGCCUGGCUUCGGGCUGGCGGCUGGCGGAGCAGCGCGUGCGGCAGCAGGUCCAGGACGUCCGGGACGAGCUGAAGGAGCUGCUCGUGGGCUCCCUCGCCAACAUCAGGGGCACCCUGCAGUUCUCGGAGCAGGUGCGGGCGGGUUCUCGCUCCUGCAGGUCGGUCCAGAAACUGCGGGGCCUCAUGUCAGACUGGCGCUCGCAUGACGCAGCCGCCACCCAGCACUUGGCGAAGCUCAUGGACACCGUCAAGGCCUGGGCCGGCCUCCUUCGCUCUGGGCGCGACGGCGUGGUGGCCUCGGACGGCUUCGCGACGGUCGAGAGGACCGAAGCGGAUCGGCAGUCCGAGAGCGUGCCCAUGAGCGACUGCGAUGGCGAGGCCGACGCCGUGGCUGAGGCAGAUCCACUGCAGCGGCGCCGAAGCCAGCGCGAGCAGGACGUAGACGACCUGAUGAAGGCCUUCUGCACGGAGAGAAGUUGGCUCGAGCGGUCGCAUUCCGCGUGCGACCCGUGAAGCGGCUGCUGGAGCGCCUCGAUGCGCGCGGCGACCGCGCGGGCGCGGGCUUUGGACCCCAGGCUUGCGGGCCUGCGAGGGGCGCGUGGAAAGCCGCCGCUUGCUCGAGGGUCCUGCCCGCUAACCCUGUGCUAGCAUUGUUUUGUGCUUUGAUUCUGUCGUGCAUGACUCACGGGCCUCGCUGCCAUUGACGAGAGAAAAUGCCAUGACCGAGUUCCCGUAUGUCAUGUAUCGCAAACCCCCGCGGCGGAUCCAGGCCAUCUGCGAGUAGUUAUUUUGCGGGUAGCGGAGCGCGCUUGUCCAGCACAUGCCAUUGUGAAAGAUAAGUAGGCAGACAGCUCAGCCAGCGGGGCACUGAGACGAC